UGUAUAUAAUAUUUUGUUGCACAGGUAAAUCCUUAUGAGCUCAAGCUCAGCUUCCUGUCGCUGCUUGAUGACGCAUAUCGCACGAGACGGAGUUUCAGCGGCUUUUAAGCGUUGUAGUACUGUCACAGGGAGGAACAGGCUAUUAAAUUCCUCAGGACCAGAUGCAGACUCAAUAACGAGUGGAAUUUUUUUGAGAGACGGAAUUAUUUUACAAAUAGCAUUCCGUUUACAUUACUCCUAAUGAUAUUUCAGUCUGGUUUUAAAGAUCUGUUCCUGCCUAAAGAAUAUUCCCAUAAGACAUGGAAAGUAACCGCGAUCUGGAUCCUAAUAAAGAUGACCUGCCCCUGCGGGCUAACACCAACCAUAUGCUCGUCCGACACUAUGUUCUUGACCUGACUGUUCACUUCCAAAGGAAGGUCAUUGGUGGCAGCAUUGUUCUGUUUCUGGAGCCCGGUGUGGUUUCCAGCAAACAUGGUGAACUGGGGGAUAUAUCAAACACACCAGUGCAAAACCUAUCUCAGGUGUCAUCUAAACAUGACGUGAGUUCUCCCAUCACACCUGAGCCAAAUAAGGUGAUACCCCCUGAGGAACCAUCAUGUUUGUGUGGAGGAAAUGAUGUCAGUAGUGUCUUGUGGGGUGAUGAGAGUGAAGAAUUCACCUUGGUGCUGGAUUGCUGUGACCUGACGGUGUCAAAAGUGGAAGAGUUGGAUGUAACUACAGUAGCUGAUUUAAAGAAACUCGACGUAGACCAACAACAUGCAAAUACAGAUCUUCAGUCAUCCAGUCUGGUACAAAGGCUGGUCUCUAUGCCUUCCGUCAGCUGGAGACUGCAGCAUGAGCUAUACAUGCAGUGCAGCCGUUCUCCUACUGUUCAUAAUGCCCAACCUCUGCGGUUCCACACAGACCGGUGGAGUCUUCAGAUCAGGAAGGAAGGGGUUUGUACCCCUCGUGACUUCCCACAUGCUGUCAGAAUAUGGUAUGAAACUAAUCUCACAGGUGGUUCUGUGAGGUGGACAAACGACCAGGAUGCCAGAUGCUGUGUAUAUACCAUGGGCUCACCCAUCAACAACAGAGCCCUCUUCCCAUGCCAGGAGCCACCUGUUGCCAUGUCAACGUGGCAGGCGCGUGUGAGAGCUCCAUGUGAUUACACUGUUCUAAUGAGUGGUGAAAAUCAAGCCUUCCCUAAGCCUGCGGAGACAGGUUUUCUGCAGUGGGAUUAUUAUGUUACAAUGCCAAUGCCGGCUUCUACCUUUACCAUAGCGGUGGGACAAUGGCUAGAGGCUGGAGUAAAACAUCCCAACUUUGAGGUGGAAAAAACGGACAAACCUUACAAUAAAGAACUCAGUGUUUCUUUGGACAAUGACGAUCAGCAAUAUGUUUGCUCCCACAUGGAUUAUCCCUGUCGCUUCAUGGCCAGUGCUGCCAGGACUCAGACUGUUAUUCCUCACCGGGUAUUCGCCCCACCCUGCCACCUGCAGAAGGCAAAUGACAUGGUUUUACCCCUACUGCCUCUCUGUCUGACUGCGGCCCACUCUGUUCUUGGUGUCCAUCCAUUCUCACGACUUGAUGUGCUCAUUGUUCCCUCAGGGUUCUCCAGUCUGGGCAUGGCCAGUCCACAUAUCGUGUUCCUGUCUCAAAGCGUGCUAACGGGUGAGAGGAACCUCUGUGGGGCGAGAUUGUGCCACGAAAUUGCUCAUUCUUGGUUUGGGCUGGCCAUCGGAGCACGGGACUGGACCGAAGAAUGGAUCAGCGAGGGUUUUGCCACUUAUUUAGAGGAUGUAUUCUGGAGCCAUGUUCAGAAGUUGGGUUGUAGAGAGGCUGAAGAGCAGAGACAGUUAAAAGCUCUUCUGCGCUGGAGGAGACUGAGUGAUGAGUUACAAAACUCUGAAGAAGAGCUGCAGGUCCUCCGGCCUAAUAAAGAGAACACAGGGGAAGUAAGCGAGUCUGGUGCAUCAGUAGUAAAACAUGCCCUCAACCCAGAAAAACCCUUCAUGCAGGUGCACUAUCUGAAGGGCUACUUCCUCUUGAAGUUUCUGGCUGAUCAGGUUGGCGAAAAGAAGUUCCUGGACUUCUUCAAAGUGUUUGUGGGAAAAUUCCACGGGCAGCUCAUUCUGUCUCAGGAUUUCCUGCAGAUGCUCUUGGACACAUUUCCAGGAAUGAGCAGUCGAAGCAUCACACUUGAAGCCAUCUUUUCAGACUGGUUAGAUACACCUGAAAUGCCAGAGUGGCUGAGGGACUCCUGCUCAGAAUGGUUACGGACUCCAGUGGUGCAAGAAGUCAAGGAAGAGGUUGCAAAAUGGAUUCACUUCAGUGGCUCUGCUGGAAAGGGCAGCAAGCGGAAGAGAGCAGGGCCCAAGGUUAACUUCAAAGAGUUGAGUCCAGAACAGCUGGUUCUUCUUUUGGAGUUUCUUCUUGAGGAACCAAUGCUAAGUCUGUCCAUGCUGAGACUCCUUCAGACCACUUAUAACCUACAGGCCCAGGAUGCUGAGGUGAAACAUCGCUGGUGUGAACUUGCGGUCAAGCACAAACACACAGCGGCAUACCGAGACGUUGAGCAGUUUCUGAUCCAUGACCAGGCCAUGGGUGUGUAUUUGUAUGGUGAGCUGAUGGUCCAGGAAGACGCCCGGCAGCAAGCACUAGCACGCCGAUGCCUUUCCCUCAUCAAAGAUGAUAUGGACCAAUCAGCAUGCAGAGUUGUGGAGGAAAUGAUUCUGUGAACUCAGUCAAAUCAGAUCCCCUCCCAGAGUCCUGGCCACCACCACAUUCACAUUCUUCCAGAAGCCCUCGUCUGCCUCUUCUGCACUUUUCCAGGAAGCCUGUCCAGAUCUGUUUGUAUUACGGUGAAUGCGGAAUGUGCUUCUCAAACAAUUCCCAAGCACCAGAAAAGAAACGGGUCAGCAUCUUUUUUUCAGAUGGGGCUUUAGGAGAGACGUGGGUCUUAAUGCAUCAAAUUCCUUCCUCCACAAGGGAGGGAUUCCCUUGGUCCACAUAACAACUCCUAAUUUGUUGCUUCCUUAAAAGCUGUGGUGGACUGAUUUAUGGUAGUAACCAUGAGCAGAAGAAAGGGUAAUUGUCUGGCUUUGAAGCCGUCUAUCUCACCAUCAUUCCAAGAUAUUAUUCUGUUUAACCGAGCGACACGGGCUGCUCAUCAGACUUUGGGAAAGAGACGACUUAUGGGCCCUGAGAUAAAUGCAUUAGUCGUCCCGCACAGGCAUUUUUGGUGAAGCUAAGGUGCUUUUAAUCUGCCGGCAAGACAGUUUUAUUUGUUUGGGGACUCAGUGGCUGGAGACGGGUGGCUUUUCCAAGACAUUGUGGUUUAUGUCACAUGACUUAGAUGAAUCACACCGGUCAAAACGAUCAUCCUCCAAUUUGUGCUGCGCUAAUGCAGCGUUUUCAUUCUCAAAGAGCCUGUUUGUCUUCAGAGGUCAGCGUCUAGCCGGUGUCAAUAAUUCUUCAGCAAUCAUUGGGCGUCUGGCUCACUCAGACGUGCUCUGAAAUGUGCUAAAUUCUGAUAGUAGACUACACCUGUUGUUUUGAAACACGCCAAACAAUGUCAGGAAAAGCUAUUAGGCCUGAAUAAUGGGUGUUGUGCUUUUCAGGUUUUUAAUUUUGGGGGCUGUGGUGUGACACUUUUUUGUCUUGUUAUUUAGAAAUACAUUAAAAAUGACAUUUAGAUAUGAUUAUUCAAAUACAUCUUUGCUGUGAUCAGCA